CAUCAAUCAGUCUCAUUGUUUUUCGAGCGAUCAAGCGGUUUUCGCUAAAAAGUAGUUUCAUUUACGCAAGGAAAGUUCUCGUCCCACUUGCCAUGCAAAUCGCAACAGUGAAAACCUCCGUGGCCCUUCUGAUGGCGUUCGUCUGCCUGGCGCACGCCAGCGGCGAGGGAAAGCUGAAAAUCGGCGUCAAAAAGCGGGUGGAGAACUGCACCGUCCGAACGAAGAAGGGCGACAUGGUGCACAUGCACUACACGGGCACACUGGAGGACGGAACCGAGUUUGACAGUAGCAUUCCACGCGGCGAACCGCUAACGUUCACCCUCGGCAUGGGCCAAGUCAUCAAGGGGUGGGACCAGGGCCUGCUGAACAUGUGUGAAGGCGAGAAGCGCAAGCUGAUUAUUCCUCCGGAGCUGGGAUAUGGAGCGCGAGGUGCCGGGGAAAAAAUCCCACCGAAUUCGGUUCUGGUCUUUGAGGUGGAACUGGUUAAAAUCGAACGGAAGACGGAGCUGUAGGGUAAGUAAAACUGCAGGGGCUUUUACUGCGCGAUGGAAUAAAACCGAAAUUUUUAUUUCGAAUCUUUUGCCGGAAAUGGCGUUGAA